UCUUGCGGGAUUAUAAGCCGUCCGAAAAAAAAUUUGUGAAGAGAGAGAGAAAAAAAAAACUACAAUCAUAACCGCGUCACCAGGCAUUUAUUUUCACGUUACCAUCGGAUAAAUUAUACACCGAGUGAUAUACUAUCACAUUUCCUCGAGUUGAGCGUAAGGUUUUGCUGAAAAUUAUUGAGUACUCGUCUUAUCGCAAGCCCUGAGAGUGGGGGAUAAUAGCAAAGAACGAUUAUGUCUUCUUUGAGUGGCGAUGAGAAUCAAAUCGAGGAUAACGAGCCAGUUUUUUUAGCAUGGGAAUGCGUUUUCUCCUAGUUUGGAUAUUAGUUACCCGGCAUUGCGUGUAACAGGCAUUAUCACGAGGUCACGAUAAAUAACCGCCAUUAAUAUCGUCGCUAUAGUGAGGAGAACGAGAUCAGGACGUGCACUUAAAGCACCAGUGGCAACGCCGAAAAAAACACCCGCCAAGAAAACAGCUCGAGGAAGAGGUACCAGACGGGGGGCUCAGGAAAUUGACAAUACUGACGAGAAUAACCCAACGAUUGUAGAAGAAACUGACGAGAGCAGUGAAACUGGUGAGAAUGGUAUGCAACAAUUGACUGGGCAAAUGGUGGAGAAUUUUGAGGAGGAGGUGCCAGCCCUUCAGGUAGAACAAGAGGAGUCUCAGACAGCAGAAAAUUUGGAUAACGUACAAAAUGUUCAGAUGGAACAAGAUAUUCAGGGAGUACCUGAACUAGAAGCUCCACCUCCACCAGUGGUAACCACAGCCACCCCUACAACACCAAUUCUAUCUACCCUGAAGAUAAAAGAGAUAUCCCAGGUGGUAGAAGGUCCUGAGGACAGAGUCAUCACCCUGGAGGAGGACAGUAUACAACAAAUACUGCAGACUGAUCCUGACACCGUGGAGGAGGCAAUAAACGGUGGUAAUACCGAUUCAAAUCAGAUUAUGGACUUUGGGGACGUCAUGGAGACGAUAGCCUCAGCAGAAAUUCCCCUGUUGAAUGAAGAAACUGGGGGCGAGGCCAAGGAAAUUAGCGAGUCUAUGGAGGUCGAGGCAUCUGCACAGCAAAUUGCUGAUGCGGUUGAUGAUAUUGUGGACGAUUCGUUCGAGAAAAUUGUCGCUGAGGAAGUAUCUACUGUCGAGGGGGAAACGAAGUCUGACGAAAAUACUGGAGAGGGCGAGGGGGAAAUAAAGAAGAGUGAACCUGAUACUGAAGCUGUCUCUGAGGAUGAGUUCCCCACAGAGACUCCAGCCAAGGAGCCAGAAACCGAGGCAGUGUCGGACGAGGAGCUGCCAGCAGCAGCUCCAGCUGAUCUCGGUGAGACUGAAUCGGUCUCUGAAGACGAAUUGCCCCCAGAUAGCGAGAAAAAACGAAAGGCCGCUAAAACAGCUGCCAAAUCAGCGGAGAGAAAAGUCAAAGCAGACACUGGAGCUAAACGUAAAUUGAAUGCAGAGGGAGAGUACGAUCCCAAUUCACCAACCUCAGAAACAAAUGAAGAGACACCCGCCAAGAAAGUGGCUCUGGAAGUGGAGGCAGAGGCUGAUGAUAAACCAGAGGUCAAACCAGCCUCUCCUAAAAAAAAGACUCUACCAGAGCUCGAUAAAUAUUGGAAAGCCGUUAAUGAGGAUCCCUCCGAUUUUACUGGAUGGACAUAUCUACUGCAGUAUGUUGAUCAAGAGAAUGAUGCGGAAGCCGCACGUGAAGCGUACGAAAAAUUCCUUGAACGUUAUCCCUAUUGCUACGGCUACUGGCGAAAAUACGCCGAUUAUGAGAAGAAGAAGGGAAAUCCGGACAACGUACAAAAGGUUUUCGAUCAAGGAUUGAAUGCUAUUUCGCUCAGUGUCGACUUGUGGCUCCAUUACAUCAAUCAUUGUAAGAGUGUACAUGAGAAGGACGAGGCCAAGAUGAGAGAGCAGUAUGAAAGGGCCAUUCAGGCAUGUGGUUUGGAAUUCAGAUCUGACGGUCUCUGGGAGAGCUACAUCAAAUGGGAACAAGAGGGAAAACGUCUGAGCAGAGUGACAGCCCUUUACGAUCGCCUCCUGUCAACUCCAACAUUCGGCUAUAUGAAGAAUUUUCAAUCGUUCCAAGAAUUUGUCUCUGCCAAUCCCCCCCAGCGCAUUCUAACAGUGGACGACUUCCUGACGAUGCGAGCAGAGGUAAAAGUCCUACUCAAGUCAGACGAGACCCCAGGAGCACCCCCAACAGAUGACGUACCACCAGGUGAGGAGCCAGCAGCCCACGAGAUUCCACCAACGGACGAAGAGACACGAGUAAUACGAGAGAAAAUUAUGAGCAGCAGGCGCAAGAUGCACAAGGCAAAUGCAAACGCUGUUGCUGCUAGAAGAACUUACGAGGAGGGAAUAAAACGCCCUUAUUUCCACGUUAAACCAUUGGAGAGAUGCCAGUUGAAGAAUUGGAAAGAGUAUCUGGACUUUGAGAUCGAGCAGAAGGAUCAGGACAGAAUAAUUAUUCUUUUUGAGCGUUGUCUGAUAGCUUGUGCUCUCUACGAUGAAUUUUGGUUGAGAUUUGUAAGGUAUUUGGAAUCCCUGACUGGAGAUAAUGCUGAGAAAAUUCGUGACGUCUACUCGAGAGCCUGCACAGUCCAUCACCCUAAGAAACCAAAUCUUCAUCUACAGUGGGCGACCUUCGAGGAGGGCCAGGGUAAUUUUGACAAAGCUGCUGAGAUUCUCGAGAAUAUCGACACCGUCAUGCCAAAUCUGCUCCAGGUUGCAUAUAGAAGAAUCAACCUGGAGAGACGACGAGGGGAUCUCGACAAAUCCUGCGUCCUCUACGAGAGUUACAUAACAAACAGUAAAAAUCGAACAAUUGCCAAUAAUAUUGCUGUCAAAUACGCAAGAUUCCUAUGCAAGUGUAAAAAUGACAUUGAUAAAGCUGUCAAAGUCCUGCUCAAGGCCACCGAAAAAGACAAGGAUAAUCCCAGGCUGUAUCUACAGCUGAUCGAUCUCGGGUUACAGAGAAAUCCUGUCGAUACACAAGAGGUCGUGGGAUACAUGGACCUGUUCAUUGAGAGAGAGCACGCUGACCUAGAGCAGAGAGUACUCUUCGCUCAGAGGAAGGUGGAGUUCCUCGAGGAUUUCAGUGCGGACAUAAAACAAGUGCUCAAGGCACACGAACAGUUCCAGAAGUGCAUCAAGCAGGCGAAGGAGAGAAAGAAAUCGAAGAAUGAGGAUAAUAAAGUUGAUUCAUCACCACCGAAGAAGGGAAAGACCUCGGAUACAUCGAGUGUACCACCUCCACCAACAGCGAGUUCCCAAUCGAGUUAUCAGUAUAGCAGUUCAGCUAGUGGUCCCUAUCAAUCACAACAGCAGUUCCAAAGUGGCCAGUAUGGCAGUCAGAGUGGAUAUCAACAGAGUUACCAACAGUAUCCACCCCCAUCAGAUCCUAAUUACGCUAAUUACCAGAAUUGGCAGUACAGCCAGAGUGGUCCACAAGCAUAUGGACCCUACAAUCAAUGGAGCUCGUAUAAUUAUUACUAAUUUGUGUCUAAAACCGUUGCACAUGAAUGAACAUUUUACAAAUCACUGUCAGUGAUUCAAUCGAGUUACAGUCGAAAUAUUUCAUCGACAUUGACACGCGGCUCGUGCUUUUACAUUGAACGCUUAAUGAUGAGAGCAGAACGAAAAAAAAAAAACAUUUAAUUACUUUUCAGAUAUUCUUCACUCGAUUCCAACCGUAUGAUUAUCAUUUAACGUGUGAUAAGUUACGAUUUAUUUCAUCCAUUCACCAUUUUACUUGAAUAUCAAUUCAUUAACUUUGAAAUUAGUGAUUCUCUGUCUAGUUGUACAAUGUACCACGAAUCUGCUAAUAAAUAUUUUAGAGAUUCACUGCAUAAA